CACUGUGUGUGACAUUAAACAUCUCUUUUUAAUGUGUUAAAUAUUAAAAAAGAAUUUAUUAUUUUACCAAGUACUUUUUCGAGAUCAUAACUAUCAAGUUGGUAAUGAUGCGAAUCAAGUUUUGCUAUUUCAGAACAUAUAUCUAUUAUGCCUAUGGAUUAUGUCGGAUUGCUUUAAGUCAGGUUAUGUCAGCAUGUUUAUGAAAAUGAUAGUAACACGAGCUUUUAUAAAUUAAAAUGACGGAGAAAUAAUUCUAAAAAAUUGCAUUAAACAUUGCAGGAACUAUUAUUUCUUACAUAUUGAAAAUUGAGUUUAUAUAAAUAUCAAAAUGGACGCGGACUUAUAUGAUGAGUUUGGAAAUUAUAUCGGUCCUGAUCUGGCUUCGGAGAGUGAGGAUGAAAAUGAAUAUGGUAAUGUUGGCGACGACAACGAAGAUAGAGAAAGAUCCGAUGAAGAAAUGGAAGAAGACAAGGAUGAAUCGCGAGAGCAAGCGGAGCAAGGAUCUUCUAUGGCAGUUGUAUUGCAUGAAGAUAAACGAUAUUAUCCUAGUGCAUUAGAGGUGUAUGGACCUGAGGUAGAAACACUUGUACAAGAAGAAGAUGCCCAACCAUUAGAUAAACCAUUAAUAGCACCUACCAGAAAAGCAAAGUUUCAAAUAAAGCAGCAGCAGCUGCCUGAAACCAUAUAUAGCAUCGAAUUUUUAGCAGACAUGAUGGAUGCGCCACAUCUCAUUAGAAAUGUAGUUUUAUUGGGACAUCUUCAUCAUGGCAAAACUACCUUGGUUGAUUGUUUGGUACAACAAACACAUCCUUAUCUACACAACAUAACUGAUGAGAAACCACUGAGGUAUACAGAUACAUUGUUUACCGAGCAACAAAGGGGCGUUUCCACAAAAGCAACACCCGUUACUCUUCUGCUACAAGAUGUUAAAUCCAAGUCAUAUCUUUUAAAUAUAUUUGAUACGCCUGGCCAUGUAAAUUUUUCUGAUGAGGCAACCGCAGCAAUCCGCCUAUCAGAUGGUGCAAUCUUGAUUGUUGACGCUGCAGAAGGUGUGAUGCUGAAUACCGAGCGUCUGCUUAAGCAUGCGAUUCAGGAAAAACUCGCUUUGACAGUUUGUAUAAACAAAAUAGAUCGUUUGGUAUUGGAGUUGAAACUGCCACCGUUGGAUGCUUACUACAAAUUGCGGCAUAUUAUCGAAGAAAUCAACGGGCUAAUAGCAUUGUAUUCUUCGGACACAGAGAAUCCUGGCUUUGUUUCACCCGCUGUCGGAAAUGUUUGCUUUGCUAGUUCCGAGUAUAACGUGUGCUUUACUCUGAAAUCGUUUGCCGCGCUCUACGCCAAGAACUAUCCUGGACUCAACGUCAAUGAAUUUGCUAAACGACUUUGGGGUGAUAUCUAUUUUAAUCCUAAAACACGAAAAUUUACCAAGAAACCACCGCAUAAUACGGCACAACGAAGUUUUAUCGAGUUUAUCCUGGAGCCUUUGUAUAAGAUAUUCGCACAAGUUGUCGGGGAUGUAGACACAACAUUGCCCGAUGUUUUGGACGAGCUCGGUAUACGAUUAACAUCGGAAGAAAUGAAAAUGAAUAUACGUCCAUUGCUAAGACUCGUUUGUACGCGAUUCUUAGGAGAUAUGUGUGGAUUAGUCGACAUGUGUGUCACUCAUGUACCUAGUCCGCAAGCACAUGCACCCAUUAAAGUACAGCAUGUCUACACUGGUCCGAUAGAUUCGCCGCUUGCACAAGACAUGGUUAAUUGCGAUCCAAAUGGAAGAUUGAUGAUUCAUAGUACAAAAAUGUACCCAACCGAAGAUUGCACUUUAUUUGUGGUACUUGGUAGAGUAAUGUCUGGUACAUUAGAAGCAGGGCAGCGUGUUCGCGUAUUAGGUGAAGCGUAUUCACGUACGGACGAGGAGGAUUCACGCGUUCUCACAGUGGGCAGAUUGUGGAUUAGCGAGGCGCGUUACUCGAUCGAGCUCAGUCGUGUACCUGCGGGUAAUUGGGUCCUCAUCGAGGGUAUCGAUCGGCCGAUUGUGAAGACUAGCACUAUCACAGAUCUUAACAAUUCAGAGGAAUUGCACAUCUUUCGGCCACUCAAGUUUAACACUCAGAGUGUUAUUAAAAUCGCUGUCGAGCCGGUCAACCCAUCCGAAUUGCCGAAGAUGUUGGAUGGUUUGCGAAAGGUAAACAAGAGCUAUCCACUGCUGGGCACACGAGUGGAGGAAAGUGGCGAGCACGUCGUGCUGGGAACUGGCGAACUAUACCUCGAUUGUGCGAUGCACGAUUUGCGUCGCAUGUAUUCCGAGAUCGACAUAAAGGUGGCCGAUCCGGUAGUUGCUUUCGCGGAGACUGUUGUGGAGACCAGUUCUCUCAAAUGCUUCGCUGAAACGCCGAAUAAACGGAAUAAAUUGACGAUGAUAGCGGAGCCGCUCGAGAGGGGUCUUGCCGAAGAUAUAGAAGCCGAACACGUUCGUAUUACAUGGAAUAAAAAGAGACUUGGAGAGUUUUUCCAAACGAAAUAUGAUUGGGACUUGUUAGCAGCGCGAAGCAUAUGGGCGUUCGGUCCCGAUUCUACAGGGCCUAACAUUCUAGUGGAUGACACUCUACCUUCUGAAGUAGACAAAACAUUGUUGAACAGUGCUCGCGAUGCUAUCAUUCAAGGCUUUCAAUGGGGAACUCGCGAAGGACCGUUAUGCGAAGAACCAAUCCGGAAUGUUAAGUUCAAGAUACUUGACGCAGUUAUCGCGCAGGAGCCACUUCAUAGAGGAGGUGGACAAAUCAUUCCUACUGCCAGACGCGUCGCGUAUUCCGCUUUUCUCAUGGCAACUCCGCGUCUAAUGGAACCGUACCUGUUCGUCGAGGUACAAGCGCCCGCGGACUGUGUGUCUGCUGUCUAUACCGUUCUGGCGAAACGGCGAGGUCACGUAACGCAAGAUGCCCCCGUCCCGGGUAGUCCGUUAUAUACGAUCAAGGCAUUCAUACCAGCAAUCGACAGUUUCGGCUUCGAAACCGAUUUACGAACGCACACCCAAGGACAGGCAUUUUGUCUGUCCGUUUUUCAUCAUUGGCAGAUUGUACCCGGAGAUCCUUUGGAUAAGAGCAUCACCAUCAGACCGUUGGAACCGCAGCCAGCCACCCAUCUUGCCAGAGAGUUUAUGCUAAAAACGCGAAGACGAAAGGGACUAUCCGAAGACGUAUCCAUCAACAAGUUCUUCGAUGAUCCUAUGCUGCUCGAGUUGGCCCGACAAGACGUACUACUAAAUUAUCCUCUUUAAUUUAAUAAGUAAAUAUUGCAUACAAAUGAUAAUGUAUAAGAUAUAUAAUUAAACAU